AUGGGUGUCAUACUUAAUAACAGGUGUCAUAAAUUGUAUGAAGUUAAGAGAAUAGUACAGGCUUCAGCAGCAAGGUUACGCCUUCUUUGGAAAGUAGCAUGUGGCUCUGUGGGUGCAAGUGUACCUAUGGUGAAGCGACUUUAUACAUCUAUGAUAAGAUCAAUAAUUGACUACAGUAGUAGCAUGUUGCUGCCGCUGAGGAAGAGCUAUAUUGGUAUCCUAGAAAUCAUCCAGAACAAGGCAGCAAGAAGUAUAAUAGGGGCACCUAAAAGUGUCAGGCAAGAAAUAUUGAGGAAUGAGGCAGGUCUGCAUCCAAUACAUCACAGAAUAGCAAGAACAGCAAUCAUCCAGUUGUAUAGGUCCAUCAUGACGGAUGAUGAUGGAUUAACAAGAGAUACUCUAAUUCACAGCUAUCCUAGAAGAUUGAAGAAUGGUUGGGUUACUGCAGCAAGACAAUUAAUAGAGGAUUCUAGCAUGAAAGAAUACUUAGAUGUAACCAAGAUAGAUGUAAAAGACAUCCCCCCAUGGAGCGUACCAGAGACUGAGAUAUUGCUAUCAGCUUUAAAAGGGAAAAAGGAAGAGAUGAAUCCUGCACUGCUGAAGGAUGACUAUUUCCAGAGGCUGGACAGUAUUCAAGGGGAACGGGUACAUUAUUACACAGAUGGGUCACUCCUGGAAGAUGGUAGAGCAGGAAGCGGGGUAACUGUAUAUCAGAAUGGAGAGGAGUCAGAACUUCUAGGUAUUACAGGUGCCCUGAGUAUCAUAAAUAGAAAUAAGGACAAUGCCAUAAUAGCAACAGAUAGCCUGAGUGCCUUGCAAUCACUAACACCAAGAAAAGCUGGAUCAAAUAUCAUAGUGAGAAGAGCUAUAGACCUGCUAUCACAGAUCAGACGAGCCAACAGAAUGGUUACAUUCAUAUGGGUGCCUUCACACAUUGGUAUCAAAGGCAAUGAGAGAGCCGACGAGCUUGCUAAAGAAGGCGCAAGGAAGGAGAGAGUGGAUUACAAACUGACACCAUCCCUGAGUAUGUUGAAGGACUCAGUUGGUAUGGAAAUAAUGCAAAGAUACAAUGAGAAAAUAGAGAUACUCAAAGAAACACACUCAUCAAUAAGAAAAUACCUUGAAAUUACUGGAGGUAAACCACCUGACUACAAACUUUGUGGACUGGAGAGCAGAAGAGAGCAAACAACAUAUAGCAGACUAAGGAUGCAGAGCCGAUACCUUUGGGAGGUACUGCCAGCUGUCAGUCCAUCAGAAACAUGCUGCAGACUAUGUGGCGAGUUAAGGAAGCACACUCUAAGUCAUUAUCUCGUGGAGUGUGAAGAGAUUACUCAUUACAGGCCACAGGGACUCAGUGAAGUUGACCUACUCAAGCAUUUUCUGCAACCUGGUGUGCUGAAAAGGGUUAUCAAUACUCAUCCAAAAUUUGCUUGCUCCAGAUAG